AUGCUCAUCUCCUCAAAUGCUCGUGCACACCUUAAUCGAAAAAAUCCAUGCCGUUCUCAGCGGUACCGCCGAGAUCCAAUGCCAGCACCUGAACCAAGUCCAGAGACGGAAAUUAGAGCAGACAAUGAGAAUAGUCUAAUCCCCGAGUCAAUUCCAGACCAGGCGGCUAAGGGAGUGCAAAAAGUAGUAGUAAAGAAAAAUCUUACGCAUGACAUGUACGAUUCAUGUUUACAAUUACAAAAAGAGCAUAUGGUAACAAUGCAUCGAUUAGGAAGUAAAGAUCAUGUUAUCAGAUUAUUGCGAUCCUCAAAAAUCGGUCUCAGUCCACUAGAUACAAAAAGAUGGAUCCUUUCCGAUGGCAUUACGACAUUAGCUUUUGGAGAUUGGCGUAUUAGAGCAUACAAAAAUCUAAUUAAAUCUGGUAUGACACAUGAAGAUGCCGAAAAAAGAAUUACUCACAAAGUGUGGACGCUUUGA